AUGCUCUUGCUAGAUAUGGGGUGCAGCCUGUCCCCAUCAGGUUGGCUCCUGCCAGGCUCCAAUAGCAGAGUUGAAGCCACGGGGGAUAGAGGAAGGGGCCCCACAGCUCAGGUGCUGUUGGGGGGGCUGUCUCUGCCCGGGGACAUCCGGGUGCCAGCCCUCUGUGGCGAGGUGUGUGACGGCAGAAGCGCAGGCGAGGCUCAUAUUUGGGCAGGGAGCAGGUUAUUGGAGGCCGAGGGCCCGCAGCCGGGAGAUGAGGCUCCUGAUAAAGGCUGCCCCGGUGCCGCUGCCUGCACUGGCUCGGGUGGAGGCGAGUGCUGCCCUGGGAGCGCUGGGUCGGGGGCAUGGGGCCGAUGUGGGCGCUGGGGCUGCUGCUGUGCGUGCAGCUGUGUGCGGGUGAGUGCCGGGCGGGCAGGAGCGCGGCCCGCGGCGGUGCCGGCCCGGCUGAGCAGGCUCCGUGCCGCAGGCUCUGGGGAGCUGCGUCUGGUGGGCGGCGGUGAGCGCUGUGUCGGGAGAGUGGAGGUGAAGCACGGCGGUGAGUGGGGCUCCGUGUGCGUCUUCGACUUUGACUGGGAAGCCCGCUGGGCCAUCGUCGUGUGCCGGCAGCUGGGCUGUGGCCGGGCGGCCAAGGCGUCCCCGUACGCCCCAUUUGGACAGGGCACCGGGCGGAUCUGGCUGCAGCCCUUCUUCUGCCGCGGCACCGAGGCUAAGCUGGAAGAGUGUCCACACUUCGGAUGGGGAAGGACCUUCUGUGGUCGCAACCGGGAUGUGGGUGUGAUCUGCACAGAUGCCGUGGAGCUGAGGCUGGCAGGCGGUGGCAGUGCCUGUGCCGGCAGGGUGGAAGUGAAGCUGCAGGGACACUGGGGCUCCGUGGGAGAUGACAGCUGGGACAUGGAGGAUGCCGAGGUGGUUUGCCAGCACCUGGGCUGUGGCUCGGCUUCCGGUGCCUACUCCGCCUUUGAACGCUUUGGUGUCGGGGACGGGCCCGUCAAUCUGGCCCUGGUGGACUGCCGUGGGUACGAGGCCACGCUCUGGGACUGCGAGAUCCGUGGCUGGGGACCCUAUAAUGGCGGCCUGCAUGACUAUGACACUGCCGUUGUCUGCCAAGGCUUUUCCCGGCUGGUGAGAGGUGAUGGAGACUGCACCGGGCAGCUGGAGAUGCGGCAUGGCCGGGCGUGGCUGGGUGUGUGCGAGGGUGAGGUGGACAUGAAGGUGGCCCAGGUGGUGUGCAGGGAGCUGGGCUGUGGGGCGGCGCUCGGCAUCCUUGGCAGCGGCCGAUUUGCGCCGAGAUGGGGAUUGCUCUGGGACGGGGGAGUCCAGUGCAAUGGCACGGAGCCCCUCCUCAGUGCCUGUGCCCGGCGUCCGCCCCGCAGCCGGAGCUGCAGCGGCCCUGCCAGCAUCAUCUGCUCCCGCUACACGGGCUUCCGGCUGGGGAACGGCAGCUCGGGAUGCAGCGGGCGGGUGGAGGUGGCAGUGAGGGGCACGUGGGGGUCCGUGUGCGCCAGCGAGUGGGACCUGCCCGAUGCCCACGUCUUGUGCCGCCACCUGGGCUGCGGCCGCGCCCUCAGCGUGCCCCCGGGAGGCUCCUUCGGCAGCGGGGAGGGGCCGCUGCUGCCGGACGCCUUCGGCUGCAGCGGGAGCGAGCGGCACCCGGGCGAGUGCCCCGUGGCCGUGCUGGGGCGGCCCCGCUGUGCCCCUGGAAACGCCGCCGCCGUCAACUGCUCAGGGGUUGACUCUGUCCCGUCCCUGCGGCUGGUGGACGGUCAGAGCUUGUGUGACGGGCGGCUGGAGGAGACCAUCAGCAGCCCGGCCUGGCGCCGUGUGCCUCUGGAGGAGUGGAAGUCAUGGGAUGCUUACAUGGUAUGUGCGGUGCUGGGCUGUGGCAUUCCCAAGGAUAUUCACACCAGCUUGGGUUCAAGCACUGCGUUGAGAAGAAACCUCAGGGAGGGGAACAUCAUGAUGGAAGAGAUGGACACCAUUUCGGGCAUGGGCUCUAUGCUGAGCAGCAGCCCUGAGGAGCUGGAUGACAAGCUGGAGGAGAUGAAGGAUGUCCUGGGGAUGGGCCCUGCAUCAAACAGCACCUUUGAGGAGAUGGUCAUCGUCUGCGCAAGCAGCCGGCGGGUGAGGCUGGUGGGGAGCUCUGGGCGCUGUGCCGGGCGUGUGGAGGUCUAUUCCGACCGUAUCUGGAGCAGCGUGUGCCAGGAAGGCUGGGACCUGCAGGACGCUGCCGUCGUGUGCCGUGAGCUGGGCUGCGGCAGGGCACUGGAGGCAGCGAGCUGGGCGCCCUUGGGUGCCGGCGCGGGGCCGCUGUGGCCGUACAUCCCCGACUGCUCCGGGAGCGAGGAGUCUCUCUGGGAGUGUGGGCGCCAGGAAAGGCGCGAGUGCGGGCGCGGCGGCGGGGCCGGGGCUGUGUGCUCAGAGCAUCUCUCUGUGCGACUGGCAGGCGGCCGCGGGCGCUGCCGCGGCUUCCUGGAGGUGUCCCACGAUGGCGCCUGGGGCCGCGUGUGCGCCAACGGCACCAGCCCCGGCAGCGCCGCCGCCGUGUGCCGGCAGCUGGGCUGUGGGCACCGGGGCUGGCUGUCGGCUGUUCCUGCCCAGCAGCCAUCCCGGGCCUGGCUGGCCUGGGUGGGCUGCGAGGACGGGGCCCGCUCGCUCUGGGGGUGCCCCUCGGCCCCCUGGCGCCUGCAGAGCUGCGGCCCUGGCGGGGACGCCCACGUGGCUUGUGAGGAGGACAGUGAUGGCGUCACGGAGACAGACACUACCCCAUAUCCGGAGGGUGCCACCAGCACAGGUCUUCCCAGCAGAAUCACCGUGGCAGUGUCUGUGGGGACUGUGCCUGUGCCAACUGUCCUGUGCGUGAUGCUGGGGACGCUGCUGUGCCUGUCCCUGGGUGCCCUGGCUGUGCUGCUGUGCCGUGCCCGUGCCCGGCGCCAAGGCCCUGGCAGAGCUGCUGAUGCCGUCUCCAGUGCUGUCUACGAGGAGCUGGACUACACUGGGAUGCCUGAGCACCAGGAGGUGCUGAGGCAGCCAGGCUCCCUGUCAGAGGGAUCGCUCAAGAAGCUGCCCUAUUACAGCAGGGACAGCGUGGAGGGCAGUGACACGGAGACAGCCCCAGUGUGCAGCCAAGCAUGGCCUUUCCCUGCGGGACACAAGGGCCUCCAGCACAGGCCCAGAGGCAAGGCCGUAGGGGAUGGCACAGGCAGAGCCCUGCCAGGGCCGCUGGUCACUGCCAGGGACCCCUGUGCCUGUCCCAGUUCCCCCUGGCCAGCCCGAGCAAGGAACCCCAGAAGGCUACGACGAUGUCCUGGAUGUGCCGCAGGAGGCCCCCGCUGCCAGCCCUGGGGACAUCUCCGAGGGAGUGGCACAGCAGAGUUGGAUCCGUGUCCUCCCCACAGGAGGAGAGGUCUCCUGAAGAAGGGGAAUGCCUUCCUGCCCCCCGGCACCACCCCGCGGUGGCAGGGCAGCCGGGCCAUGGCCCCUGCCUGCGGCACACGGUGCUCCAGGAGGUUCCCGAUCUUCAGGGCGGGCUGCAGUGCCCGGAGGGCGUCCAGUUCCUGCAGCAGGGCCUGGCUGAAGCCGUCGGUGCUCAGGCUGGGCAUGGAGGAUGCAGGAAAAGAGGAGAAGGCACCCACGCACCCACCCAGUGCCCUCCGGUGCAGGUGUCCUGAUCCCAGGGCUCCGGUUUGGGCUCCGGGCCGUGCCUGCGUCUGUGAGCGGAGCAGCCCCGCACAGUGCCCGGUGCCGCAGUGCCCGGCAGGGCGGGCGGAUGGGGCAGGGCAGCUCCUCCCGCCGCUGCACAGCGAGGCCCCGGGACGUUGUGCCGGUGAGGAAUUGCUGCGGUGCGGGUGCAUGGGGAGCAGGUGCAGCUGCAGCUGCUCCGUUUGCUCUGGCUGGGAGCCCGAGACAAGAGGCAGCGGGAAGUGCCGAUCCUUGCAGAACAACGGAGCGGGAAAACCCCGGCCAGGCUCUGGGGAGCUGCGUCUGGUGGGCGGCGGUGAGCGCUGUGCCGGGAGAGUGGAGGUGAAGCACGGCGGUGAGUGGGGCUCCGUGUGCGUCUUCGACUUUGACUGGGAAGCCCGCUGGGCCAUCGUGGUGUGCCGGCAGCUGCGCUGUGGCCAGGCGGCCAAGGCGUCCCCGUACGCCCCAUUUGGACAGGGCACCGGGCGGAUCUGGCUGCAGCCCUUCUUCUGUCGUGGCACCGAGGCUAAGCUGGAAGAGUGUCCGCACUUUGGUUUGGGAAGGACCUUCUGUGGGCACGACCGGGAUGUGGGUGUGAUCUGCACAGAUGCCGUGGAGCUGAGGCUGGCAGGCGGUGGCAGUGCCUGUGCCGGCAGGGUGGAAGUGAAGCUGCAGGGACACUGGGGCUCCGUGAGAGAUGACAGCUGGGACAUGGAGGAUGCCGAGGUGGUUUGCCAGCACCUGGGCUGUGGCUCGGCUUCUGGUGCCUACUCCGCCAUUGAACGCUUUGGUGUCGGGGACGGGCCCGUCAAUCUGGCCCUGGUGGACUGCCGUGGGUACGAGGCCACGCUCUGGGACUGCAAGAUCCAUGGCUGGGGACCCUAUACCGGCAUUAUCCAUGAUUAUGACGCUGCCGUUGUCUGCCAAGGCUUUUCCCGGCUGGUGAGAGGUGAUGGAGACUGCGCCGGGCAGCUGGAGGUGCGGCAUGGCCGGGCGUGGCUGGGUGUGUGCGAGGGUGAGGUGGACGUGAAGGUGGCUCAUGUAGUGUGCAGGGAGCUGGGCUGUGGGGCGGUGCUCGGCAUCCUCGGCAGCGGCCGAUUUGCACCAGGAUGGGGAAUGCUCUGGGACGGGGGGGUCCAGUGCAAUGGCAUGGAGCCCCUCCUCAGAGCCUGUGUCCCGCAUCCGCCCCGCAGCCGGAGCUGCAGCGGCCCUGCCAGCAUCAUCUGCUCCCGCUACACGGGCUUCCGGCUGGGGAACGGCAGCUCGGGAUGCAGCGGGCGGGUGGAGGUGGCAGUGAGGGGCACGUGGGGGUCCGUGUGCGCCAGCGAGUGGGACCUGCCCGAUGCCCACGUCUUGUGCCGCCACCUGGGCUGCGGCCGCGCCCUCAGCGUGCCCCCGGGAGGCUCCUUCGGCAGCGGGGAGGGGCCGCUGCUGCCGGACGCCUUCGGCUGCAGCGGGAGCGAGCGGCACCCGGGCGAGUGCCCCGUGGCCGUGCUGGGGCGGCCCCGCUGUGCCCCUGGAAACGCCGCAGCCGUCAACUGCUCAGGCAUUGCCGAGUCCCUGCGGCUGGUGGGAGGUGAGACCCGAUGUGAUGGCUGGCUGGAGUUGGCCACACACCCCGGGGGCUGGCGCCGAGUGCCAGGAGAGCUUUUGCGCAUACGGAAUUUCAAUAAUGUGUGCUUGGAACUGGACUGUGGAGGACUGGACAAGAGUGAUGUUGGCCAUGGUAUGGCCUGUCUGAAGGACAUCAAUGAGACAGAGAGGGCCAUCAUGGAAAGGGUGAUCAGUACCAUCAAGGGGAUGACCACCAAGCCAGGCAAGAAGACCGACAAAUCCUUUUUCUUACAAACUUGGUGCAUGACCACCGGCCCAGCUGAGAUCCCUCAUGGGGCAGCCAUCGUCUGCUCAGGUGAGUGUCCUGAGAAAGGCCGGAGGAGGUGCAGGUGCCCCAGGCAGCCAAGGCAGCCCAGUGCCUCUGUACCUGCAGGCAGCCGGCGGGUGAGGCUGGUGGGGAGCUCUGGGCGCUGUGCCGGGCUCGUACUGGUCUAUUCUGACCGCAUCUGGAGCAGCGUGUGCCAGGAAGGCUGGGACCUGCAGGACGCUGCCGUCGUGUGCCGUGAGCUGGGCUGCGGCAGGGCACUGGAGGCAGCGAGCUGGGCGCCCUUGGGUGCCGGCGCGGAGCCGCUGUGGCCGUACAUCCCCGACUGCUCCGGGAGCGAGGAGUCUCUCUGGGAGUGCAGGCGCCGGGAAGGGCGCGAGUGCAGGCGCGGCGGCGGGGCCGGGGCCGUGUGCUCAGAGCAUCUCUCCGUGCGGCUGGCAGGCGGCCGCGGGCGCUGCCACGGCUUCCUGGAGGUGUCCCACGACGGCGCCUGGGGCCGCGUGUGCGCCAACGGCACCAGCCCCGGCAGCGCCGCCGCCGUGUGCCGGCAGCUGGGCUGUGGGCACCGGGGCCGGCUGUCGGCUGUUCCUGCCCAGCAGCCGUCCCGGGCCUGGCUGGCCUGGGUGGGCUGCGAGGACGGGGCCCGCUCGCUCUGGGGGUGCCCCUCGGCCCCCUGGCGCCUGCAGAGCUGCGGCCCUGGUGGGGACGCCCACGUGGCUUGUGAGGAGGACAGUGAUGGCAUCACGGAGACAGACACUACCCCAUAUCCGGAGGGUGCCACCAGCACAGGUCUUCCCAGCAGAAGCACCGUGGCAGUGUCUGUGGGGACUGUGCCUGUGCCAGCUGUCCUGUGCGUGGUGCUGGGGACGCUGCUGUGCCUGUCCCUGGGUGCCCUGGCUGUACUGCUGUGCCGUGCCCGUGCCCGGCGCCAAGGCCCUGGCAGAGCUGCUGAUGCCGUCUCCAGUACUGUCUACGAGGAGCUGGACUACACUGGGAUGCCUGAGCACCAGGAGGUGCUGAGGCAGCCAGGCUCCCUGUCAGAGGGAUCGCUCAAGAAGCUGCCCUAUUACAGCAGGGACAGCGUGGAGGGCAGUGACACGGAGACAGCCCCAGUGUGCAGCCAAGCAUGGCCUUUCCCUGCGGGACACAAGGGCCUCCAGCACAGGCCCAGAGGCAAGGCCGUAGGGGAUGGCACAGGCAGAGCCCUGCCAGGGCCGCUGGUCACUGCCGGGGACCCCUGUGCCUGUCCCAGAUCCCCCUGGCCAGCCCAAGCAAGGAACCCCAGAGGGCUACGACGAUGUCCUGGAUGUGCCGCAGGAGGCCCCCGCUGCCAGCCCUGGGGACAUCUCCGAGGGAGUGGCACAGCAGAGUUGGAUCCGUGUCCUCCCCACAGCCCAGGUCUGUUGGGGGGGCUGUCUCUGCCUUGGGACAUCCGGUUGACAACCCACUGUGGCGAGGUGUGUGACAGCAGAAGCGCAGGCGAGGCUCAUAUUUGGGCAGGGAGCAGGUUAUUGGAGGCCGAGGGCCCGCAGCCGGGAGAUGAGGCUCCUGAUAAAGGCUGCCCCGGUGCCGCUGUCUGCACUGGCUCGGGUGGAGGCGAGUGCUGCCCUGGGAGCGCUGGGUCGGGGGCAUGGGGCCGAUGUGGGCGCUGGGGCUGCUGCUGUGCGUGCAGCUGUGUGCGGGUGAGUGCCGGGCGGGCGGGAGCGCGGCCCGCGGCGGUGCCGGCCCGGCUGAGCAGGCUCCGUGCCGCAGGCUCUGGGGAGCUGCGUCUGGUGGGCGGCGGUGAGCGCUGUGUUGGGAGAGUGGAGGUGAAGCACGGCGGUGAGUGGGGCUCCGUGUGCGUCUUCGACUUUGACUGGGAAGCCCGCUGGGCCAUCGUCGUGUGCCGGCAGCUGGGCUGUGGUCGGGCGGCCAAGGCGUCCCCGUACGCCCCAUUUGGACAGGGCACCGGGCGGAUCUGGCUGCAGCCCUUCUUCUGUCGUGGCACCGAGGCUAAGCUGGAAGAGUGUCCGCACUUUGGUUUGGGAAGGACCUUCUGUGGGCACGACCGGGAUGUGGGUGUGAUCUGCACAGAUGCCGUGGAGCUGAGGCUGGCAGGCGGUGGCAGUCCCUGUGCCGGCAGGGUGGAAGUGAAGCUGCAGGGACACUAGGGCUCCGUGGGAGAUGACAGCUGGGACAUGGAGGAUGCCGAGGUGGUUUGCCAGCACCUGGGCUGUGGCUCGGCUUCCGGUGCCUACUCCGCCAUUGAACGCUUUGGUGUCGGGGACGGGCCCGUCAAUCUGGCCCUGGUGGACUGCCGUGGGUACGAGGCCACGCUCUGGGACUGCAAGAUCCAUGGCUGGGGACCCUAUACCGGCAUUAUCCAUGAUUAUGACACUGCCGUUGUCUGCCAAGGCUUUUCCCGGCUGGUGAGAGGUGAUGGAGACUGCGCCGGGCAGCUGGAGAUGCGGCAUGGCCGGGCGUGGCUGGGUGUGUGCGAGGGUGAGGUGGACAUGAAGGUGGCCCAGGUUGUGUGCAGGGAGCUGGGCUGUGGGGUGGUGCUCGGCAUCCUCGGCAGCAGCCAAUUUGUGCCAGGAUGGGGAAUGCUCUGGGACGGGGGGGUCCAGUGCAAUGGCACGGAGCCCUUCCUCAGAGCCUGUGCCCGGCGUCCGUCCCGCAGCUGGAGCUGCAGCGGCCCUGCCAGCAUCAUCUGCUCCCGCUACACAGGCUUCCGGCUGGGGAACGGCAGCUCGGGAUGCAGCGGGCGGGUGGAGGUGGCAGUGAGGGGCACGUGGGGGUCCGUGUGCGCCAGCGAGUGGGACCUGCCCGAUGCCCACGUCCUGUGCCGCCACCUGGGAUGCGGCCGUGGCCUCAGCGUGCCCCCGGGAGGCUCCUUCGGCAGCGGGGAGGGGCCGCUGCUGCCGGACGCCUUCGGCUGCAGCAGGAGCGAGCGGCACCCGGGCGAGUGCCCCGUGGCCGUGCUGGGGCGGCCCCGCUGUGCCCCUGGAAACGCCGCCGCUGUCAACUGCUCAGGCAUUGCCGAGUCCCUGCGGCUGGUGGGAGGUGAGACCCGAUGUGAUGGCUGGCUGGAGUUGGCCACACACCCCGGGGGCUGGCGCCGAGUGCCAGGAGAGCUUUUGCGCAUACGGAAUUUCAAUAAUGUGUGCUUGGAACUGGACUGUGGAGGACUGGACAAAAGUGAUGUUGGCCAUGGUAUGGCCUGCCUGAAGGACAUCAAUGAGAUGGAGAGGGCCAUCAUGGAAAGGGUGAUCAGUACCAUCAAGGGGAUGACCACCAAGCCAGGCAAGAAGACCGACAAAUCCUUUUUCUUACAAACUCAGUGCAUGACCCCUUCCCCAGCGGACAUCCCUCAUGGGGCAGUCAUCGUCUGCUCAGGCAGCCGGCGGGUGAGGCUGGUGGGGAGCUCUGGGCGCUGUGCCGGGCGUGUGGAGGUGUAUUCCGACCGCAUCUGGAGCAGCGUGUGCCAGGAAGGCUGGGACCUGCAGGACGCUGCCGUCGUGUGCCGUGAGCUGGGCUGCGGCAGGGCACUGGAGGCAGCGAGCUGGGCGCCCUUGGGUGCCGGCGCGGGGCCGCUGUGGCCGUACAUCCCCGACUGCUCCGGGAGCGAGGAGUCUCUCUGGGAGUGCGGGCGCCAGGAAAGGCGCGAGUGCAGGCGCGGCGGCGGGGCCGGGGCCGUGUGCUCAGGGCAUCUCUCCGUGCGGCUGGCAGGCGGCCGCGGGCGCUGCCACGGCUUCCUGGAGGUGUCCCACGACGGCGCCUGGGGCCGCGUGUGCGCCAACGGCACCAGCCCCGGCAGCGCCGCCGCCGUGUGCCGGCAGCUGGGCUGUGGGCACCGGGGCCGGCUGUCGGCUGUCCCUGCCCAGCAGCCGUCCCGGGCCUGGCUGGCCUGGGUGGGCUGCGAGGACGGGGCCCGCUCGCUCUGGGGGUGCCCCUCGGCCCCCUGGCGCCUGCAGAGCUGCGGCCCUGGCGGGGACGCCCACGUGGCUUGUGAGGAGGACAGUGAUGGCAUCACGGAGACAGACACUACCCCAUAUCCGGAGGGUGCCACCAGCACAGGUCUUCCCAGCAGAAGCACCGUGGCAGUGUCUGUGGGGACUGUGCCUGUGCCAGCUGUCCUGUGCGUGGUGCUGGGGACGCUGCUGUGCCUGUCCCUGGGUGCCCUGGCUGUGCUGCUGUGCCGUGCCCGUGCCCGGCGCCAAGGCCCUGGCAGAGCUGCAGAUGCCAUCUCCAACACUGUCUACGAGGAGCUGGACUACACUGGGAUGCCUGAGUACCAGGAGUUGCUGAGGCAGCCAGGUUCCCUGUCAGAGGGAUCGCUCAAGAAGCUGCCCUAUAACAGCAGGGACAGCGUGGAGGGCAGUGACACGGAGACAGCCCCAGGGACCCCUGUGCCUGUCCCAGAUCCCCCUGGCCAGCCCGAGCAAGGAACCCCAGAGGGCUACAACGAUGUCCUGGAUGUGCCGCAGGAGGCCCCCGCUGCCAGCCCUGGGGACAUCUCCGAGGGAGUGGCACAGCAGAGUUGGAUCCGUGUCCUCCCCACAGGACCUCCAGGAGCAGGCAGGGACCCCUCGGAACAGCCCCCGGGUGCCACGGACUAUGAUGAUGUCGGGCAGCCGGGCCAUGGCCCCUGCCUGCGGCACACGGUGCUCCAGGAGGUUCCCGAUCUUCAGGGCGGGCUGCAGUGCCCGGAGGGCGUCCAGUUCCUGCAGCAGGGCCUGGCUGAAGCCGCUCUGCAGCGGGCAGGCGGGAUGCCGGAGCUGCUGGCAGAGCUGCAGGGCGCCGUGGGCUCCCAGCCCGUUGUCACUCAGGUCCAGGCAGUCCUGUGCCUCGAGCUGGUGCCACGGAUGCUCUUGGUAGAUAUGGGGUGCAGCCUGUCCCGAUCAGGAUGGCUCCUGCCAGGCUCCAAUAGCAGAGUUGAAGCCACGGGGGAUAGAGGAAGGGGCCCUGCAGCCCAGGUGCUUUUGGAGGGGCUGUCUCUGCCUUGGGACAUCCGGUUGACAACCCACUGUGGCGAGGCGUGUGACGGCAGAAGCGCAGGCGAGGCUCAUAUUUGGGCAGGGAGCAGGUUAUUGGAGGUUGUGGUCCCCCAGCCGGGAAAUGAGGCUCCUGAUAAAGGCUGCCCCGGUGCCGCUGUCUGCACUGGCUCGGGUGGAGACGAGAGCUGCCCUGGGAGCGCUGGGUCGGGGGCAUGGGGCCGAUGUGGGCGCUGGGGCUGCUGCUGUGCGUGCAGCUGUGUGCGGGUGAGUGCCGGGCGUGCGGGAGCGCGGCCCGCGGCGGUGCCGGCCCGGCUGAGCAGGCUCCGUGCCGCAGGCUCUGGGGAGCUGCGUCUGGUGGGCGGCGGGCGCUGUGCCGGGAGAGUGGAGGUGAAGCACGGCGGUGAGUGGGGCUCCGUGUGCAUCUAUGACUUUGACUGGGAAGCCCGCUGGGCCAUCGUCGUGUGCCGGCAGCUGGGCUGUGGCCGGGCGGCCAAGGCGUCCCCGUACGCCCCAUUUGGACAGGGCACCGGGCGGAUCUGGCUGCAGCCCUUCUUCUGUCGUGGCAAUGAGGCUAAGCUGGAAGAGUGUCCGCACUUUGGAUGGGGAAGGAUCUUCUGUGGGCACGACCGGGAUGUGGGUGUGAUCUGCACAGAUGCCGUGGAGCUGAGGCUGGCAGGCAGUGGCAGUCCCUGUGCCGGCAGGGUGGAAGUGAAGCUGCAGGGACACUGGGGCUCAGUGGGAGAUGACAGCUGGGACAUGGAGGAUGCCGAGGUGGUUUGCCAGCAGCUGGGCUGUGGCUCGGCUUCUGGUGCCUACUCCGCCAUUGAACGCUUUGGUGUCGGGGACGGGCCCGUCAAUCUGGCCCUGGUGGACUGCCGUGGGUACGAGGCCACGCUCUGGGACUGCAAGAUUGGUGGCUGGGGACCCUAUAACGGCAGCCUGCAUGACUAUGACACUGCCGUUGUCUGCCAAGGCUUUUCCCGGCUAGUCAGAGGUGAUGGAGACUGCGCCGGGCAGCUGGAGGUGCGGCAUGGCCGGGCGUGGCUGGGUGUGUGCGAGGAUGAGGUGGACGUGAAGGUGGCCCAGGUGGUGUGCAGGGAGUUGGGCUGUGGGGCGGCGCUCGGCAUCCUCGGCAGCGGCCGAUUUGCGCCAGGAUGGGGAAUGCUCUGGGACGGGGGGGUCCAGUGCAAUGGCACGGAGCCCUUCCUCAGAGCCUGUGCCCGGCGUCCGCCCCGCAGCCGGAGCUGCAGCGGCCCUGCCAGCAUCAUCUGCUCCCGCUACACAGGCUUCCGGCUGGGGAACGGCAGCUCGGGAUGCAGCGGGCGGGUGGAGGUGGCAGUGAGGGGCACGUGGGGGUCCGUGUGCGCCAGCGAGUGGGACCUGCCCGAUGCCCACGUCCUGUGCCGCCACCUGGGCUGCGGCCGCGCCCUCAGCGUGCCCCCGGGAGGCUCCUUCGGCAGCGGGGAGGGGCCGCUGCUGCCGGACACCUUCGGCUGCAGCGGGAGCGAGCGGCACCCGGGCGAGUGCCCCGUGGCCGUGCUGGGGCGGCCCCGCUGUGCCCCUGGAAACGCCGCCGCCGUCAACUGCUCAGGCAUUGCCGAGUCCCUGCGGCUGGUGGGAGGUGAGACCCGAUGUGAUGGCUGGCUGGAGUUGGCCACAGAGCCCGGAGUCUGGCGCCGAGUGCCAGGAGAGCUUGUGCUCAUACAGAAUUUAAGCAAUGUGUGCUUGGAACUGGACUGUGGAGGACUGGACAAGAGUGAUGUUGGUCGUGGUCAGGCCUGCCUGAAGGACAUCAACAAGAAGGAGAGGGCCAUCAUGGAAAGGGUGAUCAGUACCAUCAAGGGGAUGACCACCAAGAUAGGCAAGGCCAGCAGAUUCUUUUUCUUACAUACUUGGUGCAUGACCACUUCCCCAGCAGACAUCGCUCAUGGGGCAGCCAUCGUCUGCUCAGGCAGCCGGCGGGUGAGGCUGGUGGGGAGCUCUGGGCGCUGUGCCGGGCGUGUGGAGGUGUAUUCCGACCGCAUCUGGAGCAGCGUGUGCCAGGAAGGCUGGGACCUGCAGGACGCUGCCGUCGUGUGCCGUGAGCUGGGCUGCGGCAGGGCACUGGAGGCAGCGAGCUGGGCACCCUUGGGUGCCGGCGCGGGGCCGCUGUGGCCGUACAUCCCCGACUGCUCCGGGAGCGAGGAGUCUCUCUGGGAGUGCGGGCGCCAGGAAAGGCGCGAGUGCGGGCGCGGCGGCGGGGCCGGGGCUGUGUGCUCAGAGCAUCUCUCCGUGCGACUGGCAGGCGGCCGCGGGCGCUGCCGCGGCUUCCUGGAGGUGUCCCACGGCGGCGCCUGGGGCCGCGUGUGCACCAACGGCACCAGCCCCGGCAGCGCCGCCGCCGUGUGCCGGCAGCUGGGCUGUGGGCACCGGGGCUGGCUGUCGGCUGUUCCUGCCCAGCAGCCGUCCCGGGCCUGGCUGGCCUGGGUGGGCUGCGAGGACGGGGCCCGCUCGCUCUGGGGGUGCCCCUCGGCCCCCUGGCGCCUGCAGAGCUGCGGCCCUGGCGGGGACGCGCACGUGGCUUGUGAGGAGGACAGUGAUGGCAUCACGGAGACAGACACUACCCCAUAUCCGGAGGGUGCCACCAGCACAGUUCUUCCCAGCAGAAGCACCGUGGCAGUGUCUGUGGGGACUGUGCCUGUGCCAACUGUCCUGUGCGUGGUGCUGGGGACGCUGCUGUGCCUGUCCCUGGGUGCCCUGGCUGUGCUGCUGUGCCGUGCCCGUGCCCAGCGCCAAGGCCCUGGCAGAGCUGCAGAUGCCAUCUCCAAUGCUGUCUACGAGGAGCUGGACUACACUGGGAUGCCUGAGUACCAGGAGUUGCUGAGGCAGCCAGGUUCCCUGUCAGAGGGAUCGCUCCAGAAGCUGCCCUAUAACAGCAGGGACAGCGUGGAGGGCAGUGACACGGAGACAGCCCCAGGGACCCCUGUGCCUGUUCCAGAUCCCCCUGGCCAGCCCGAGCAAGGAACCCCAGAGGGCUACGACGAUGUCCUGGAUGUGCCGCAGGAGGCCCCCGCUGCCAGCCCUGGGGACAUCUCCGAGGGAGUGGCACAGCAGAGUUGGAUCCGUGUCCUCCCCACAGGUGGGAUCUGCUCCCCUGCAGGACCUCCAGGAGCAGGCAGGGACCCCUCAGAACAGCCCCCGGGUGCCACGGACUAUGAUGAUGUUGGCAGCAGCGCCCUGGGGACGUUGCCAUGAGGAUGCCCUGGCCAUGUCGCAGCCCUGGGGACACGUGUGGGGGGCCCUGUCCCCAGGAUGGGGUGGCCCUGCCCGCAGUCGUCACUCCUCCCUGUCCAACGCUGCAGUAAAACAGCUCGUGUGUAGGGCAUUUCUAGGAUUUCAGUGUGAAUUUCCCUUUUGUUCCCAUUAAAACCCCAACUGGCCACA